GUUACAUUCCUCCGGAGCGCCCGCUCAGGCCGGUUGUGACAUAGCCCGAAAACUUUCCGAGGGAUUUCUGCCGCCGGGGCUGGAAAACCACCGAAAGCCCUUCCAGCCUCAUUGGGACCAACAGAGAAGGAAAAAAACCCGUUGAUCUUUCGGCUCUCCCGGGGUUCGGGGGUGACCCCGAUCCGUACGGAGCCGCUCCGCCGCCCCCCGCUAUGGCAGCGCUCCCCGGGACGGUACCGCGGAUGAUGCGCCCGGCGCCGGGGCAAAACUACCCUCGCACCGGCUUCCCUUUAGAAGUGUCCACCCCGCUGGGCCAGGGCCGGGUGAAUCAACUCGGAGGGGUUUUCAUCAACGGGCGCCCGUUGCCCAACCACAUCCGCCACAAGAUCGUGGAGAUGGCUCACCACGGGAUCCGGCCCUGCGUGAUUUCCAGGCAGCUCAGGGUCUCCCACGGCUGCGUUUCCAAAAUCCUCUGCAGGUACCAAGAGACGGGCUCCAUCCGACCCGGGGCCAUCGGGGGCAGCAAGCCCAGGCAGGUUGCGACUCCCGACGUGGAGAAGAAAAUCGAGGAAUACAAGAGGGAAAACCCUGGGAUGUUCAGCUGGGAGAUCCGGGACAGGCUGCUGAAGGAUGGACACUGCGACCGCAGCACUGUGCCCUCAGGUUUAGUGAGUUCGAUUAGCCGUGUGCUACGCAUCAAAUUCGGGAAGAAAGAGGAAGAGGAGGACUGCGACAAGAAGGAGGAAGAUGGGGAGAAGAAGGCCAAGCACAGCAUAGAUGGCAUCCUGGGCGACAAAGGGAACAGGCUGGAUGAAGGCUCCGAUGUCGAAUCCGAACCAGACCUGCCUUUGAAGAGGAAGCAGCGCCGCAGCCGGACCACUUUCACUGCAGAGCAGCUGGAGGAGCUGGAGAAGGCCUUUGAGAGGACUCACUACCCAGAUAUCUACACCCGGGAGGAGCUGGCACAGAGAACCAAGCUCACCGAGGCCCGUGUCCAGGUGUGGUUCAGCAACCGACGAGCGAGAUGGCGCAAACAGGCGGGUGCAAACCAACUCGCAGCAUUCAACCAUCUGCUGCCGGGGGGCUUCCCACCCACAGGAAUGCCAACUCUGCCCCCAUACCAGCUGCCAGACUCCACCUACCCAACCACCACCAUUUCCCAAGAUGGAGGCAGCACCGUGCACAGACCCCAGCCCUUGCCACCAUCCACCAUGCAUCAGGGAGGGCUUGCUGCUGCUGCUGCAGCUGACUCCAGCUCUGCCUAUGGGGCCCGACACAGCUUCUCCAGCUACUCAGACAGCUUCAUGAAUGCUGCAGCUCCUGCCAACCACAUGAAUCCUGUUAGCAAUGGCCUCUCUCCACAGGUGAUGAGCAUCCUGAGCAACCCCAGCGGGGUUCCUCCGCAGCCCCAGGCUGACUUCUCCAUCUCUCCCCUUCACGGUGGCCUGGACACCACCAACUCCAUCUCUGCCAGCUGCAGCCAGCGGAGUGACUCCAUCAAAUCCGUGGACAGCCUCCCGACCUCGCAGUCCUACUGUCCUCCCACCUACAGCACCACCAGUUACAGCGUGGACCCAGUGGCUGGAUACCAGUAUGGGCAGUAUGGACAAACUGCUGUUGAUUAUUUGGCCAAGAACGUGAGCCUGUCCACGCAGCGCAGGAUGAAGCUGGGAGAACAUUCGGCCGUUCUGGGGCUCCUACCAGUAGAGACAGGCCAAGCUUACUGAAGAGUCCAACUGUGCCAACAAUCCACUCCAGCAACUCGGUACCACUGGAGAAACACUACCAGCCUUCCAGGGAUCUGCCUGUACCCGGACCCUACUCCUUCCCAACUCCCUUCCACCUCGCAUCAACUUGAGAAGGAGACGGGAAGGAUGGGGAGGGCUCUCCAAGAAUCCAGCUCUUCCCAGAGUGCUCAGAGGCAAGCCUGGCCUCAUUGACCUGAAUUCUGUGGCCAGAGACAAUAGGUUGGGUACAUUUAUUAACCCCGAGUUCAUGCCCUCCCUCUACCUGGCCAUGGCGUUUUGCCCAUGCUUAAGGACCUUCCAUUGAUCUAGGUAGUUGGCAUAGUCAAAGCCAAAUUGAUCUUUUCUUUUUGUUUCCUUUUCUUUCCAUUGGUGUAAAUUUGGUGAAUGUUGUAUAGGAAGGAAUAACCAAGCUGAUUGUUAAGGAUGAUGUAAUUUGGGACCACAGAAGACCUAUGGACCAAAUAUAAGAACUUAUUUUAAACAAACAAACAACAACAACAACAAAAAACAGCAACAUGAACACAAGAAAUACGAACAAACACUCAAAGACAAACAAAAAGCUCAAACGUAAAUUAAAGAGACAACAAAUGUCCCCACCCCACUCUACCCUUCUGUUCUCACCGAUGGCUUCCCAAAGCAGGGCCAAAGCAGGCCAGAUUGCUGCUAAGCAGGGGCAGGGUGGAUGUCCGUCCAGCCUAGGACCUUCGGAAGGUGUAAAUGUGAAUUGCUGCAUGAGGACUGGAGAUUGUGGGCACAGGCACGAGCAACAUUUACGUCUCCUCAUAGGGACCAAAAGGACACGGGCAUCAGAUAGUGGCAGAAGAUGUGGUAGCAAACUCUGGCCAGAUACAGGGCAUCAGAUACAGGUGACUAUUGCGGAGCUUUCGCCCUUGCAGUCAAGAGGGCAAGGACUGUUGUGGCCUUUCCAUCCUUCAGUGGGAGAGAGGUUGGCCAUUGAGAGCAAAAACAGUGGAGAGAAGGAAGAGCCAAAAUUGUUUCAGAGGGUCAGUGUGCAGAAUGGGGUUCUGCUGCAAGGAAAGGGCCACCUGAAUGAAAAUGGGGCUGCACGGUCGGAUGAGUUCUGCUCCAGCACGUGCUUCUAGGGCCAAGUUGUUACAGACACUUCUGCUGUGCCCUAUUUCUCUUACUUCUGUUUCUUCAGUUCUUUCCAAAUAAUCUGACGUUGUUUUUGCAGCAGAAACAACGUUUUCCUGGGGAACUCCCCCCUGCCUUGCCCCAGCCUCAUUUAUCACGAACCUCCAAGCUGCUUUCUCCUGAGCCAUGUGGGCAAGUACCUGUCGGGACCAAAGCCGAAUUUUGCUUCUUGCAUUGCUCAGCAUCCUUUCAGAUCCAUAUACAGCAUUGAUCAGCUUUGCUGCAUGUGGGUGAUGGAGCCUACAUUCCUAAAAGUGUGCUAACACACCGGCUUGGCCAUUCUGCUAGUCACGCCAUUGCCCUGUUUGUGCCAGUCUGAGGUCUUGGUAAGCAACACAAGCUGCUGCUCUGGAGCUGAUCGAAGGGAGAAAUCCCUUUUGAACUCCAGUCCUGGCUUAAAUGUCAUUCCCAAGUCACCUUCUGUGACUGCCGUGUCAGAACAGGGGGUUCUAGGGCAAGGACAAGGGUGUCUGUGUGUUGGACACGAGCAUAGGGGUCAAUGCCAGAAACACCCAUCUGCUAAAACAACCCACAAGAGGCCAACAAUCCCCACUACUUCACACUGAAAUUUCUGACCAAAUGCAUUCCUCGCUGCCUGCAAAACUAGAAGGAAAGUUUCAGUUUGUCACGAGAAUCGCUCCCACUAGCAAAAUCCUACCAGCUCUCUUCUCCCCACUCCAUCCUAUCUCCCAGCCGUGCAUCCAGCCCACCUCCCCACCACCCCCAAGGCGCGGUGCACAGAACCCCCCCAGUUAAAGUCUUAAAUAGAGGGAGCCUGUUUGCCAUUCACCUUCACCUGAAAGUCCGUGAGCACCCGGGCACUGCUGUAAAUAGAGUUUGUAGGGGAACCCGAAUCGCCCCGCUAGCACCCAUAGCUGUUCUCUGACCUUUCCCUCGUGGUCGCACUUUGUACAUUAGUUGGAAAUUUUGGUCAUGUGCUGUAUGUUUAUAGAAAGUUGACUUUCUUUUUUUUUUUUUUUCUUUUUUUUUUUUUUCCUUCCUUUUUUUUUUUUUUUUAAUACUAAAAACACAGUGAGUGCCGUGCUAGUUAAAAAAAAAAUAUAUAAAAUAUUUAAAAAAAUUAAAAAAAAAAAAAAGAAAAAAAAAAAGGGGGAGUGGGGAGGACGAAACGUAGAAAUUUUGCCUAUUGUGUGUUUUCAAAAUACAUUCCAGACUCUUUGGGGUGGGACGGGUUUGAUUUGGGGGAAUUCUUUUUUUUUUUUGUUGUUGUUUGUUUCUUCGUUUUGUUCUGAAGAUACACUCAUGUAUGAGAGUCCAAGUAUUUUAUUUUAUUUUUCCUUUCCUUUUGUUUUACGGGUUGCCAACCUCAGUUCUGCUGAAAAGAGACAAACUCAGGGGGUAGGGUGGGACAGAACAGAGGGAGGCGAAAGAAAACCGAGCAUGGAAGAGCAGAGCUGGUGGUGGGACCUUGAGGGACGUGCGGACCCAUCAGGGACGGAGCAGACCUCCACCCCAUGGUGACUUUGUUGGGCACCCGUGGAUCCCAACCACACAAGAAGCCAACGAGCAAAGGGCCGCGCUCCGGAGCCGUUCUCUCAGGUCGACAUUUCUUCCAUGCCUGCAGACUGAGAUCCCUGGGGAACAACCAACCCACCAACGGGUUCUGGACCUCCCCGCGCCCCUGCUUCACCUCUCAGCACCGUCCUGAGAGCACAAAAAGGACAUUUCCUCACCGUGUCCGAUAACUCAGCAGAUUGGCUCCUGUCGCUCAGAGACUUUGUGUAUUUAACGCUUCUAACCCGUCAUCCCUAACACCUCCAUAUACCCACCUGGGGAGUAUCUACAUAGCACUAUAGGACAUUCCUUAUUCCUAGUAACUGCGGAUAUGUUGCUUCUGUGUUUGACUCAUAGCCAUUUUGCUCCAUGUGUAUGCCUGCCUGGGAGUGUGUGUGCGUGUGUGCCUGCGUGCGUGCCUGUGUAUAUAUAUAAUCGCACCAUAAUUUAUUCAGCUAUAUGGAGUAGUAAUAGUAGAAAGAGAAACUGGUAUUUGCUUUAACUACCUGCUGCCUGUAGGUGUCUCUCUGUAACUCAGGCAUAACUGUUAUACAUUA